AUGAAGGGCGCCGCUACUCAGGUCAAGGUUCACUUCAAGGGUAACGACGACGACUACCUCGUCUUCGUCGAUGACCUCGAGACCUACAAGAAGUGGCAGGGAGACAAGUCCGUUCCCCUGGCUCACUUCGUCUCCGCAUUCAAGAUCUUCGUGACGCACAACCAAGGCGCACAAGGAGCAUACGACAGUGCCCCUAAGGCCCAGCUGGAGAACGAGUUCGGCACGAGCAACGAUGAUGAGGUCAUCAAGGCCAUCCUGGGGAAGGGCUCCGUGCAGGAGUCUUCGAUGCCCGAGCGACAGGGACCCAAGAACGACUCCAAGGGAGCCAUGGUUGCUCACUAA